UGUAAACAAUCGACGUCACUAACACAACGUAGGAGAAAAUUUUGUAGUACGUCGCGAAUAUAACGUGCAAUAAAUGCAAUAAAAGGCAGCUGGAGCGGUGGAAAUCGAUUGAAGGCAGCCAACCGUACAUGGGUCAGCAUCCGAGGCAGUAAAUCCAGGCAGCAGGCAGGCGGAAGACGGCGUAACCCGAGGCGGAAGACCCAGCGAUUUCCAACAACACAGACACGCACCCACACACACAGGCGCCCGUCCCCGUCGAUGAAAUAACAUACAUAACGAACGUAUACCGAAAAUACAUAAGAAAUAACGGCGGAAAUAACAGUAGCGGAAAACAGCAGCGGCAGCGGAUAAUCGAAAUUCGGUGAGCGGAGCGAGCGGAGGUACCACCGGGCCAGGAACAUGUCGGAUAUCAUGAACAUCGACAGCAUUAUCUCGCGUCUGCUGGAAGUGCGCGGAGCACGUCCGGGCAAGAAUGUUCAACUGUCGGAGAGCGAGAUACGCAGCCUGUGCCUCAAGUCCCGCGAGAUAUUCCUGUCGCAGCCGAUCCUGCUCGAGCUGGAGGCCCCGCUGAAAAUAUGCGGUGACAUCCAUGGACAAUAUUAUGACCUACUGCGCCUGUUCGAGUACGGUGGCUUUCCGCCAGAGUCGAACUACCUGUUCCUGGGCGACUACGUCGAUCGCGGCAAGCAAUCUUUGGAGACGAUAUGUUUGCUGCUGGCCUACAAGAUCAAGUACUCGGAGAACUUCUUUUUGCUGCGCGGCAACCACGAGUGCGCCAGCAUUAACCGCAUCUACGGGUUCUAUGACGAAUGCAAACGUCGCUACACCAUCAAGCUGUGGAAAACGUUCACGGACUGCUUCAACUGCCUGCCCGUGGCGGCCAUCGUGGACGAGAAGAUUUUCUGCUGCCACGGCGGCCUGAGUCCAGAUCUCUCGUCCAUGGAGCAGAUCCGGCGCAUCAUGCGCCCCACAGACGUGCCCGAUCAGGGUCUGCUGUGCGAUCUGCUGUGGUCCGAUCCCGACAAGGAUACCAUGGGCUGGGGCGAGAAUGAUCGCGGCGUAAGCUUCACAUUCGGAGCGGAGGUUGUGGGUAAAUUUUUACAGAAGCACGAAUUUGACCUGAUCUGUCGGGCCCAUCAGGUUGUGGAAGAUGGCUAUGAAUUCUUUGCCAAGCGUCAGCUGGUCACGCUCUUCUCGGCGCCUAACUAUUGCGGGGAAUUUGACAAUGCGGGUGCCAUGAUGUCCGUGGACGACACACUGAUGUGCUCCUUCCAGAUAUUGAAACCCGCCGACAAGCGACGAUUUGUUUAUCCCAACUUUGGGAGCUCAGGACGCCCCUUGACACCGCCACGCGGUGCCAACAAUAAAAACAAGAAAAAAUAAACGCUGCACACCUCGAACACUGCACAAUAACAGGAACAACAAGCCACACACACACACAAAUAGAGAGAGUGGCAUGGAAAAUCCGUAUCCGUAUCCGAAUCCGAGUCCACAUCCAACGGAAUGCGCAAAAAGUUUGUUUUUAUCGAAUACGUGUAAUCGAAUCGUGAGCAACGUUAUAAGGGGUAUAUGAAUCUAUACAAAUUAGCCUAUUUUUUAUUUAAACAAAAAAAAAACAAACAAACAAAAAUGAUAACGAAAGCAUAAACAAAACGAAAUAAUAUGAAAUGAAUCAACAAAACAAAACACAAAUCGAGACACUUUAGUUCAAACUAAUUGUAGUGUAAGACACUGCAUAAGCAAGAAUAUUUUAUCUCCUAAUAUAUUAAUUUUGUUAUAGUUUUUCCUUGCGCAAAGCCAACACAACACACUCACACACACACACUGCAUAUAUAUCACCCCGUACAGUAGGUACGAAAAGUGGACGCACCGGUUGUAUUUUAUUUUGCAUUUCUAUCUCUUGCACAGCAUUUUAUUUAAGCAAUUAUUCUGGCGGCACUUUAAACAAUCUUUGGCUCCUUGUUCCUCUACCCCCCUUUCUUCCUUUUUUCUGUUGCGUAUCUAAAAGAAAACAAAACACUAGCAAAUGGUGAAAAUGUUAACUUUUAUGUUUUUUAAGCUGUAUGAGAAAUGCUUUUAAAUGUGUGAGCUGAGUUAACACUGCAUAUUACAUAUGUACUCGAGGCACGAUUUAUUUUUGUAAUAUUGUCUUAGAAAUUUUACAUCGACGAUACAUGUUUACUUAGUUUUAAAAUGAAGAAGAAGCAAUUUUAGUUGCAAGCUACAUAAGUUUGAAUUGUUUACACCAAAAAUAUUAAAAUAAACAAAAAUAUUAUAAUA